GUCACCCUUGAGAUUGUCAGUGAUUUCGUAUCAGAAAAGUCUACGCAAGACCAUCAAUCUCCUUAGGAGCUAGCCAGCCAAUCGGACAAGUUUUAGAGCUUCAUAGCUUCUUGGAACAUAUUGGCACAAGUGCACUUCUCGACGAAACCCAUCGUAUCCAUCCAGAUUUGUGCUCAGCUCUGGAUUCUAACUGCAUCUAGCCAUGACAUCUUCUUUCCUCACACACCUUGAUUUCUAAUCCUGUCCGCCUAUCCUUGUCUUUCCGCACAAUCCACAAUCGCCAUCAUGUCCGCAUUUCGAAACCUGAGUUCGGAAAGCGGUCUGACGCCCUUAAUUGUGAAUAAUCGGAAGGGUUGCAUUGAUUUGGAUGGGAAACCCAUUCCACAUGGCUUUUUGUUCGCCCCAGGUCCGGAUGAAUGCUUGGUAUGCACUUGUUCUGACGGUUUGCAAAGUUUGUGUAGGACCGUUUUGUGCUCGCCGCCUCCGGAUUGUAAAAGUCUGAGAGUUGGCAAUCAGUGUUGUCAGUGGAUUUGCUUGGAUGAUAUUCAUCCCCAUGGAGGUAGUGACUUUGAUCCCCAUAACUUGGGUAACAGUGGGGUAGUGGAUAUCAAACUCCGUUUGGUAGCUAGUGCCGUCAUGGCCAUUUUCUCGUUGGCCUUAUUAGCCUUUCUUAUAUAUCGGUUGCGUAAACGAAAACUUAAUCAACGGCGCGAGCAAAGGAGUCGCGAAAGCGACGACGAUAUGAGUGUGGAUAGUGUUGCCCAAGCCCAUUCGCUCCGGGCCUCAUCUUACCCGAUGAGCGUCAUGCCCACCCAUCGGAGUUAUUGGCACCAUUUGGCGUGGUGGAAGCCUAACCACGACAUGUUUGAGCAGCGACCCGCUCCUCCCUCGUAUGAUGACGCCAUGAUGCAGGCCCGAGGCCACGAGAAUGACAGUUUGGGAUCAUCAAGUGGCUCCGAGGCCCCGCCAUACUCGGAGAUCCAUUUAGAUCCCGUCAUCCCCGAACCGUCAGAGUGGUAUUGUCAGCAGAACCAAAGUGGCUCGCCUCCGCCCGUGCCUCAACCCCACCCCUCGCCGAGACCCUCAGCCAUUCCUGGAGCGGCAUUGGUCCUCCCAUCACCCGCACCCACGUCCCCUCGACUCAAUCACGUUCUAAACAGCGAAUUAGCUCAAGAUGCCGCAGCAGCUCUCGGUGAAACGUCCGUCACACAUGCGCAAGUCAUCGCGGCUGAGAAUGACCCUACUCCAGUGGUCGUGGUCAAUCCGUGCGAGGAAGAUCAAGUGAGGCGGGCCAAGUUGCCCAAAGUUAUUCGUCGGAUGCGUGCCCGUUCUAGAGAGGGCAUCGUGAUUCCCAAUGAGACGAAUUGUCAGCGCUACUCCUUACAACUUCACGUUGACGUGAGCCCAACGUCAGAGACAAUGCCAAAUUUACGGGUUUCGCCGCGUCAUUGCGGUCAGUUUGGUGACGCAGAAAGUGAACGGGAGAGCACUGGAGCUGCCACGAACCGCAUAACCACCCAUGAAGAACAAAUCUGAAGCAUUUAGCCAUAUCUGAAGUUGUUAACCUUCUCCAUACCGUUCAAGAAUGGAAUUCGUUAGUCACCGGGAAUUGUGCCAACGAUAUCUCAUGUGUUCUUAAUCUCUUAUACGGUGUUCAUUAACGUUAUUUCCCCAACCCUACUAUUCCCUCUCCUCUCAUAAUUUUAUAUAUUGCGACAUGAGACUGUUAUUGGCCUUUUUCGCUUAAACCUGUUCCUCAUGAAUAUCUUCUAAAUAUCAAUUGAAGGGUGUUUCGCCCUUCACGAUUGCUUUGUACAAAGCUCUGUCCAUUUCAAACAACGAAUCUCGUUCCUCCACGAUUAGUGACCUGGUCUUACCCCCUAAUAAAUUGUUGAAUUACUCAUCAAA